AUGGCUCGGACUUGCGUUCUACUCGCGCUGCUCUUCACAUCGACGCUUUCUAGAUAUUUACCUCUUUUCGAUGAUUCUGAAUCUACAGAGGCUAUCGUCGCUUCACUUUCUGCUCCCAACCACCACGGGGCGCCUUUUCCGCCUGGUUCCUUUGGCUCAAGUGCUGGGUGGUAUUAUGGUGACGACCCCUCCUCAACUUUAGUUGAUGGUCUUCCGUGGUUAAAAGAUAAGGACUUGUGCGCGGUCCUCAAGCAAAGUCCUGACGCUAUCCAAUGCCCCAUCGUUAAAGCAAAACCGACCAAAACCUAUGGUAGACGAUCAGCUGACGCAACCGACUCUACGGCUACCGCUACAACAACUCCUACACCGUCAUAUACCGCGGUGUUCACAGACCUUGAUGCAUCCAUCGAGGGCUCCGGCUAUAUAACAUAUGGCCUAGUUGAUACCAAUUCUGAUUGUGAGACAUUUUGUAAUACCGUCUCGAAUUGUAUUUUCCUCAAUUCGUACUACGAUGUGAAUGGCAAGGACGAAAGUCCCAAGCUCACCUGUUCCCUGUAUUCGGUAGUACACACUGCGGCAGAAGCAACAAAUAAAGGCGGUCAGACAGAGCCUGAUGGAUUCAUGGACUAUAUCGCGAAUAGCUCAGGAUAUGCCCUCGUCACAUCAUGA